AUGGCUAAAUUGGCCAUCGUAGAACAGUCCACCCCCAAUAAGCUGCCAAAGCUCUUGGUGGGCGAGCUUACUCCCGAAGCAGCACGAGACUGGGAUAACGCAUGCUCAACGUACUUCAUGCAUAAAGGCAUCAAAGUGCAGGACCAAGUAAGAAUGAUAGUGUUCGGGAUGUUAGACCCACAUUUGCAAACUUGGUACUUGACGCAAUGUGCUGUCUUGGAUGCAGGUACCUUCGCAGCAUAUAUGACCGCCCUCAAGAACACCUGGCUCGAGACCCAUUGGGACACCAAGCUUUGCAAGAAAGUCUUGGGAUCUCAACAAGGUUCUCACCCAUUCUACGAAUGGGCGCUACAACUACAGAAUCAAAAUGCGCUGCUCUACGGGAAUACCGCUCAUUUAACGGGUGCUCAGCUACACAAUCAGCUUGAGGUGAAUAUCUGUGAUGAACUCACCAUGCUGGUACUCAGAGCAAGGCUCGCUGAUAAUCUGACCCUUAAAGAAUGGAUUGAGGAAGUCAAACACCUCGACGACAAACGGCUCAAGGACUUGGCUUCGCAUAAGAAGAUUGCGGAAGAACUUUACAGAUCCUCCAAACGCACCACGUCCUCGAACCACACCAAGAACCCUUCCUCCCCUAAAACAUACAACUCUUCCUCACACCUUGGGGGUCUCACGGAGACCGAACGGACGUUACUGAUGGACCACAAGGGAUGCUUCAAAUGCCGAAAAUUCUAUGUAUCGCACCAUUCGAAAGAAUGUACAGACAGUGCUCCAGAAGCUUCCUCAUACAAGACACUGAUGGAAGCGGAUGCCUUAGCUGCAAAGUCCAAGACCAAGAAGCAGACUAGAAGCGUGGCUGCUGUGGCUUUACCCCUUGUUGUAGUAUUUGCCCUUGUUAUAUGGUAA